UUUAUUUCUGUGUUCAUACUCUUGAGAAUUUACUCUUUUAUGACGCAAGUGUAGCUGGUGAGCCUUAAACUUGGCUAAAUGGGAUGGUGUGAGGCUGAGAGAGCCUUCCUGGUGAGAGCUCAUCAUGAUGCCACCACUCGGAUAAUACGAAGUGUGGGAUCUGGCCUUUGCUGUCAGCUGCAAUCUGCUAAUCACCACCAAGAAGCAAAUGCCAUUCUUAGGGUCCCUGAAACUUCUCCUGGCUGAUUUCCAAACUAUGGCAAGAGAAACUGAAUAGAAUUUUCACUUUUUAAUUUACUGCAUAAAGGCAAGAUUCAUUUCUCGUUCUAGGCUGAGGACAGCGAUGUCAAUUCAUAAUUAGCACCUGAAUGUCUAUCUGAGCUCGAUAAAUUUCAUUUGAUACAGAAAUCUUAUCACUAAGGCAGUGAUUUAGACAUUCAGAGGUUGAGUGAAACUAUUACUUGUGGAAAAUUUCCUGUUCCACAAGGAGUGCUACCUGUAUAGACUGCUGUCCACAGCAGAUUGCUUCCUGACACUGGUAUGGAAGCAAUAAGUGCUGGUGGAUGGGAGUAAGGCUUGUGACACUAGAGUUUAUUUAUGCAGUGAACAGUCAGAACUUAUGCUGAACAUAGAGAAUUCCUGCUCUUGCAGGUGAUAUCGGAGCAACCUCCACAAGGAGAGACUGCAAACAGGGCGAAAAAGUGCUUCAUUUGAUACUCGAGGAGUGCCAGUGUAAAGCGGUGCUAAAUUGGUCCUUCAAGGAGGACCAGGGUAAAGAAGUGCUCCCUUGGUUCUUCAAGCAGCACCAGGGUAAGGAAGGGCACCAUUUAGACUUCAAGGAGAACCAGGGUAAAUUAUUCCAUUUGGGUUUCACUGAGGACCAGGGCAAGGUAAUGCUUCAUUUGGCCAUCAAGGAGGACCAGGGUGAAGUGGUCUAUUUACCCCUCACACCUGGGAUUAACAAAAGCAAAAAUGCAGAUUUGUAUUGCAGAAGUACAGGAGCACGCCCAAAGGCACAAUGCAAACUUGCCUCGAAGAACUUGUGUUCUCAUCCUACUCCUUUCACCAGCUGCCCACCAUCCACAGAUGCUCACCAAAUGGCCCCAGUGCAGGCCACUGGAUCCCAUCCUAUCCAGGACACCUACAAUCCCUAUCCUGUACGUGUUGCCUGCAAACGGCAAUUGAAUUACCCAGAGCAUGAGAAAAAUGAUUACCAACACAGUAUUCCUAGUAAUAUAAAACAAUUAAAGCUAGAUAUCUCUUCCUCUUCCCAGGACCCAAGUAAUGUGUCUGGAAACUAUCAGAAUGGUGCAAAACAAUUGGAAGUUAAUAGAGGAACUCCAGCACAGCCUAUGUACUAUGAGUGUGGCAUGUGUCACCUGCGUACUAGUAAUUCCAGUGGGAUAACGAAGCACAUGACAUCCCAUCCAAUGGGGGGAUCAGUUCUUUGUGUUCUCUGUGGCAAGGUUGCAAAAGAUGUGCUGGAGCUAAAUAACCAUGUAAUCAGACACGUAGGAGUGCGUGAGGAGAUCAAAAAUCGUCGCCGACCAGAGUUCCAGCGUAAUGAAAAAGGAAAAUUUAUCUGCCCUUACUGCAAAAAGACCUACACUGAGAGAGAUGACAUGAUUGCACACACCAGGCUACAUACAGGGGAACAACCAUAUGAGUCAUUUUUUUGCAACAAAAAAUUUCAUAGUGGUAAACUCUAUGCUAAUCACAUGAAAAAGCUCCACACUAGGGAAGACUGAAUCGGUAAAUCAUUGAAUAAAUGAAUGCCUUAGUGUUGAGGUCAUGCUUCAUAAACUACUGCUCUGACCAACUGGAAACUUUUUAAUUUUUUUUUUUUUUUUUUUUUUUUUUUUUUUUUGCCAUUAGCUGCCACUCGGGUACUAUACAAAAAAAAAUGUACAAAGAUACUAAAGGUGCUAUUACCAACUAUUUUUUUCUCUACAAAAAUGCUAGUCGUACAUCAAACUUUUAAUGUUUGCUUUUUUUGAAAGUUUUUAUUUAUUGGCUUAAUGCCUCUGUUCUAUUUUUAUGACAAUGGCUAGGCACUAGCCUGCUCAAAAACAAUUUACUCCAUUUUUUAUGUACAUGUACAACAAAUUUUUAAAUACUGAAAUGUGCCUUUUUUAAAUCUACAAUAUUUAUAUUUUAUUUUUGUUACUAGGUUGUCUUGUUUAACUUCAGAAAAAAAUAACAAGAAAAGGUAUGUCAACAUUUCAUCACCUAAUGUACAUUUGUGUGACUUAAUAUAGUAAUAAUGUUGGUAGAAUUACCAACACAAGGACACAAGUGCAACUAAUGUGACAUUUUUAUUGUGGCAACGUUUCGCUCUCCAGGAGCUUUGUAAAGCAGUUACCAACAAUAUAUGGACACAGAGGGUAUGUA